UCGCUAUAUGACUCAUAUGAACCACGGACAGCGAAGAGUGUGGAUAUACAAGCUCUUCUCUCAUGUGGUAAAUAAGUUUGUGUGCCUCAUGCGCUGAGUCCGUCCCAUAGUGACUCAUAAAAAUAGUGUACUCAUCACCGCGUGCCAAUAGAGACUUUUGCAGUGUUUGUUAAAGAGGACAGUCGAGUUCAAUGGAGGCAACCAUGUACGAGGACGGGUCAUACAACACUUACCAGAGGGAAAGCCUCACCCAGAUGAAACGGAAACUCACCCUCGAUCUCACGAGGCCCUCCAAGAAGCAGAGAGGAACUACAGGCAAUUUCAACCCUCUUCUCACGUCCCCAGACCUUAACCAGUUGAAGUUGGCCUCUCCUGAAUUGGAGAGACUCAUCAUUCAACAAAAUUCAACCAUCCUAGGCAAUACAGUGACCACACCAUCCCAGUUUUUAUUCCCAAAAACGACAACGUUGGAACAAGAGGAAUUCGCGAAAGGAUUCGAAGAUACAUUGGAACAGCUACAUAAUCAGGACGGCAUCGCCACCAGCAGCAGCGGGAGUAUCGUGGUGACGAGCGUAUCCGACGCAAAUCCGCCAGUGUCGUCUGCGCCCUUGCAAUACACCCAGUUGGACGUUCCCACCCACCACCACCAUCCUCAUCUACAGCAGGUUCCCGUGACGUCGUCGGCAGCGCCAGGCGUGUCUUUGGCAGUGACCAGCGAACACCAUGUCCCUUCACAACUGGGGCUACUCCCCCACACAUCCAUCAAAGAGGAGCCCCAAACCGUGCCCAAUGUGAGCGGUUCCCCACCCCUCUCCCCGAUUGACAUGGAGACACAGGAACGCAUCAAACUAGAGAGAAAGAGACUACGGAACCGCAUCGCCGCCUCCAAAUGCCGACGGCGGAAGCUCGAGCGAAUCGGACGUCUGGAGGAGAAGGUACGUAUCCUGAAAGGGGAGAACGCAGAAUUGCAAGGCGUGGUUAACAAACUGCGCGACCAGGUGUGUUCACUAAAGCAAGAGGUGAUGGAACACGUCAAUUCGGGCUGCCAGAUUCCUUUCGUCACCCACCAGUGAAUGACGACAUGACCUUCCCUGAUGUUUUUUCUCGAAGUGUUCAACAAGGAGAGAGGGUAACAGGUGCUACAUUAAUAUCAACAGCAUAAUGUAUCCAUAGUGCCAGGUUUGCCGCGAACCGACUCGCCUCCCGAGAGAGAAAAUGUGACCAAUUCCCCACUGAAUAUGGCCGAGUCUCUUGCUCCCUCCCUCAGACUCCCCUUUUUCUCCCUCUCUCUCUCUCUCUCCUUAAAUGAGGAGCGGGUCGGCCGCGUGUUGGUCUAGCCUAGCCCCCGUGCGAGGCUAGAGAAACGGUGACCGCUUCCAAAACGAUAACAGCGACCUCUCAGGAGGUGCAUUUUGCCCCAAAAUGCCUUGCAAGAGGUCCAAGACCGGGUUUCCAUGACAAGGGACCGUGGGGGGUCCCGCCUUUUUGCGAGAAGGCAGUCCUGCGAAGGUGUGGCGGUGGCGGGAUUCGUUGUAGCGAGGUUAUGGGUGUGGGGGCAAGGCACGGAGUAGCUCUAGUCAGUGGUAGCGAGAGUGGGGAAAAAAAAAAUUGAGUGAGUGUUGCCCCUUUUACUUUACUAUCCUGUUAUUUUACCACUAACGCCCACAGCAGCUACAAGACCGAGAUUAUAAAGGAGGAAUUCGGUAAUUUAAAAAAAAAAUAAAUAAAUAAAUAAAAGGCUCGCUGCAGCCCAUACACCUCGCCCCCAAAUCAUGUGAUAUCGUGCCGUGCGUAUGCAAUUAGAAGAGUAAAAGAUUAGUUUUUAAACAAAAUGUUGUGCUAAAUACUUCCAUGUAAUUAUCACAUUUCAGUGCUUUUAUAUAUGAUAUGAACGAGAAAAAAAUCUAAGGUUAAAAUUAUGUUAUUGUAAACAACUCGAUGGGAAUAACCUUCCCGUUGCGAAGAGAUUUGUUUAAACUUUUUAUCUAUUGAAUAUUGAAUUGUUUGUCAUGUUUCUUUAUGCAGUUUGAUGUACGGAGGUCAGUGAUAUAAACCUAUCUAAGUCAGUGCGAUUUUUGGAGUACCUUGUGUUGUAUAAAUAUUAAUAAAUAGUAUUACUGUUUUCUGAGAGAAUGUAUGUAUGAAUUUUUAUAUAUAUAUAAAUUAUGUAUAUUUUAUAUGCAAAGAUAUCUUGAUUUAUGCAAAAAAAAAUUGUGCAAAGCAAGAAUUUUGUAAGAUACUUUUCUUAUAAAAGAAAGAAGUUUCAAA